AUGACCGUAACCGCCUUCUUUGAGACGGAACGGACUAGUGACGAGCAUUUGCUGACAUUCAUCAUGGAAACGUUUCCGCGCGAUGUUUGUGGCCUGAACUUUUAUGAUCCACGUGAAGCUGACGAGUUUCAUCGGAUACUUGUAGAAGAAAACCGAGGAAGAAUCUCCCGACAUGCUAAUCGACCAAAGCGACAGGCACCACCGCCCCCAUCAAAGGUCGUGGGCGUGGAAGCGAUCGACAGACUCUCCGAACUCUCUAGUGAGACUCCCAUCGAUAACAACGAGAAGAAGGAGCAUCGAAAAAGUUUUUUCGGAGGAUUUUUCACUAUGAGAAAGAAAAAGAAAGAGCGAAAGAAA